AUUUUGAUAGGUUUAUGAAUUUACUUUUCACUAUCAGUGUAUGUUUUAAGUCUGUUAUUUCUUGAUUAUUUUAUUGUCAAUUUUUUCAUGGAAAUAGUUUUUAUUAUUUGAACUUAAAGAAGAAAGAUGGAAGAACAAGAUAUUCCAGAAAUAGAACUCAUCAUCAAGGCAUCAACUAUCGAUGGACGUCGCAAAGGAGCCUGUUUAUUCUGUCAAGAAUAUUUUAUGGAUCUUUAUCUGUUGGCCGAGUUGAAGACAAUCUCAUUGAAGGUUACAACUGUGGAUAUGCUUAAACCACCACCAGAUUUUCGUUCUAAAUAUGAUUCAACGCCACCUCCCAUUCUUGUUGACGGCGAUUUAGCUAUCCUGGAAAAUGAAAAGAUUGAAAGAUACAUCAUGAAAAAUAUUCCUGGAGGUCACAAUUUGUUCAUCUCUGAUAAAGAAACAGCAACUGUCAUCGAAAAUUUAUACAGUAAAUUCAAGUUGAUGUUCGCCAGGAAAGAUGAAAUUUCUAAAAGAUCUCUGAUGAGUCAACUCAGGAAUAUUAAUGAACAUUUGGAAAAGCGUGGAACCAGAUUUUUAACUGGUGAUACAAUGUGCUGUUUUGAUUGUGAAUUAAUGCCUCGAUUACAACAUAUAAGAGUUGCAGGAAGAUAUUUUUGUGAAUUUGAAAUACCAGAAGAGUUUAAUGCUUUAUGGAGAUACAUGUAUAAUAUGUACUUGUUGGACGCUUUCACCCAAUCAUGUCCAUUCGAUCAAGACAUCAUUAACCAUUACAAACUACAACAAGGUACCAAGAUGAAGAAGCAUGAAGAGCUAGAAACUCCUACGUUUACCACAUCGAUACCGUCCUCUAUCAAAGUUAACAAAUGAGACAGUAAUUGAACUGAAAUCGAAACUAUCUUGAUCUAAUUUGGUUCUUCCUAUUCUAGAUUAGAGAAAUUGGCCUUCUCUGAUUAUUAGAUCCAACCCAGAGCAUUUUUCUUUGCUUAUCAAUAAAUUGAAUAUCAAUAUUUUUCUCUCUGUAUCACUUCUUAACGAAAACCUAUGUAAAGAUGAAUAUUAAUGACAUAUUAUAUUUUCUCACUAUUAUUAUCACUAAUGCAAAUUUAAAACCUUAGAGAAGA